CACAUACUCUAGUGUAGGAAGGCAAACGAAGAACUGGCUGCUACCGUAGCGCGUUCUUUUCGCCCGUUUCCGAACGUCUCGCCACCGAACAAAUGAUCUCUUCGCUUUAGAAACUUUACCUGGUCGUGUCAGAGACGCCGGCGAGUAUGCAGGGCGCGAUCGCUCGGGUGUGCGUGGUGGUGGCGGCGGCCAUCCUCAACCACCCUCUCCUGUUCCCGAAAGAGAACCUCACCAUCCCGGAGCAGGAGGAGGAGCUCCUGGCCCGCAUGCGCGAGCAUGAGGAGAAGCUGGAGGCGGAGCAGGCCCGGCUGGAGAGGGAGCUGUCCGAGGGGGCGCCAGAGGAAGCGCGGGACGACCCGGAGGAGGGGUACAGCUGCUACUUCUGGAGCGCCCUCUCCAUGAUCAUCUUCUUCACCAUCGAGGUGUGCCGGCAGGAUCUCAUCGGGUCCUGUUCGCCUGGCCAGGAGGACGAGGACGUCCUCACUGACGGCACCGCCUGGGCCUGCAAGCCCCUCUUCCCAGACAAAGGGGUGCUGAGCAGCUUCUACGAGAGGUGCGUCCGGGUAACGCCCCAGGAAACCCGCAGGACGUGCGAGUUCGUGGAAGGGUUCGCCGACGACCUGCUGGAGGCGCUGCGGAGCGCCAGCGACCGCGAGGCCGACAUGGAGGUGGAGGACUGCCUGGGUGUGGGCAGCAUUUACGAGGGCUGGCGGGCGAGCAAGCCACUGAUGUGCGACCUGAUCGUGCCCUUCGCCCCGCCGGAGCCCUACAGCUUCGGGUUCGAGCUGUGGUGCGGUGCAGCCGGCGACGUUCCCCCUGACAUGCAGGGCUGCGGCCGGAUCCGGCUGGUGAGGGCCCGGGAGGCAGGGUGUCUGUGCGGGGGCACCGAGCUCGGAGACGACAUGCUGUGCCUGCUGCACCAGGGCAAGAACGAGAGGCCCAGAACCGGCGGCGCCACCGACGACCUCCUCUGCUCGAAGGACACGCCCUACCUGGCCAAGGACCAGGUGAUGAAGUGGUUCCAGAUCGCCGUGACCAAGGCCUGGGCGAGGAUCUCCCACAAGUACGAGUUUGAGCUGGCCUUCCGCAACCUCGAUUCCCCAGGGGCCCUGAAGGUCCGGUUCAGAUCGGGGAAGGUGGUCGUCCUCAACCUCACGCCCGUGGUCCAGUUCGAGGACACCGACGCGUACUUCAUCUCGCACUUUCCCUCGGAGGGAGACAGCGGCUCGGACACAUUCUGGCCCCUGUCCUUUGCUGUUUACGAGAAGAAUCUUCUGAAGUGCUUAGCCAAAAGUUUACCGGAAAACUCCUGCCAUAUUAAAUGCCUUCAGAUUGCGUCCUUCCUCCAUAAGAAGCAAACAGGUCUGACAGGCAAGAGUGCCCUCACUAACUAUCACCUGAAGACUGUGCUGCUACAUCUGCUCUUGGGCACGAAGUCCUCGGCGUGGGGCGCCGAAAACCUGGAGCUCCGUCUGCGUGACGUCAUGGGGUUCCUGGAGAAGAGCCUUCAGGAGAAGCGGCUCUACCACGUGCUCAUCGGAAACUCCCGCCUCCCGAAAGAGAUCGGGAUUCCAGCGAUAUUCUGCAGGGCGGAGCCCGUGAACCUCCUCCGCCCGCUCGUGUUGCAGAGACAUCUUUACGCCCAAACGGUGGAGCACUUCCACGAAAUGCUGAAGAACGCUUCCGUGCUCAUACAGGAGUACAUGCCACACUUUCCCAAUGGCACCGUGCCCCAAACAAUUGGCGCAAGCCUACAGUCCUAGGACUCCUGUUUUCCAGCUUGAUCCAGUACCACUGGAGUGCCAGAUGUAUGUAAUUUGGGUUUUUGUAUUCUCAAAAAGUAUCUCCAGCAAUCUUCACAGACUAAAAUGGAUACUGGAUU